AUGACGUCACGCGUCCAGCGCACCGACUCUGGCGGUGUGGCAUCCGGUUCGCCUUGGCGACCAAGCAUCAAGUGCGACAUAUGCGGCCGCGUGUUCACGGCAGCCUCCACGUACCGCAACCACAAGGCCUUUCACCGCGGCGAGACUGCAUGCCCCAUCUGCAAUUACGUCUUCACGGAGAAGGGCAACCUCAAGGCUCACAUUCGCCGCGUGCAUGGCAUGGAUGUCGGUGGCGUUGGUGGCUGGUUCCCGGGCAAGCAGUGCCCGAAGUGCGACCGUCGGUUCAAUGCCUACUCGUCGUACAGGAAUCACCUGCCCCUGCACCGAGGGGAGACCACCUGUCCCAUCUGCCAUUACGUCUUCACGGAGAAGGGCAAUCUGAAGGCGCACAUGCGGCGCGUGCACGGUGUUGAUGUCACCGCUAGAUGA